CAAUGCAGAGCGCGUAAAGCGAUAAGAUUUGUUAAUAUAUGGCAUUACUGAUUGGUUGAUUGGUUCACUGUCUGGUCAUGUCCUACAGACUCGUUUAGAAACUACAUAAAUCCCAGAAAAAAACAUAAAUCUUAGCACUCGAAUAAGUGUCGGUCGCUUCUUGGAUUCGAUGCUCGUAUAAAGUAACAAUUUCCCUUACAAAAAAGCUGUUGUUCUAGUUGGCACCAUUCAUUUCUCUUUUUUCAUUUUUUUUUUCAUUUCUUCUUCUUUUUUCUGGAGCUCCAGAGCCCAAAACUGUAAACUGGGUUUUCAAUAAAAAUUCAUUUAGUAAAAGAUCUUUUGAGUAUCCGAUUUAAGAAUGAUGAAUGGAAGAUCACAGAAACUUUUCUACAUUCUCGUUUGUAUGCUGAUUGUGAUAAGAACAGAAGGAUUUUUGGUUGAUAUUACUUAUGUUCAGAGUGCUGUGGCAAAAGGAGCAGUUUGUUUAGACGGUAGUCCACCGGCAUAUCAUUUUGAUAGGGGAUCUGGUGCAGGAAUUAACAAUUGGUUGGUUCAUAUCGAGGGAGGAGGAUGGUGCAACAAUGUCACGACUUGCCUUGAACGUAAAGACAAUCGCUUAGGUUCCUCCAAGCAAAUGGCUAAGCAGGUUGUAUUUUCUGGGAUUUUGAGCAACAAGCUAAAGUUUAACCCAGAUUUUUAUAAUUGGAAUAGGAUCAAGGUUAGAUAUUGUGAUGGAGCAUCAUUUACUGGAGAUAUAGAAACAGUUGAUCCUGCUAAUAAACUUUACUUCAGAGGAGCAAGAGUUUUUGUUGCUAUCAUCGAGGAUUUGUUGGAAAAAGGAAUGAAGAAUGCUAAAAAUGCCGUUCUGUCUGGAUGUUCAGCCGGUGGAUUAGCAUCGAUUUUGCAUUGUGAUAACUUCAAAGCUCUUGUUCCCAUGGCUACUAAAGUAAAGUGUUUUGCCGAUGCAGGGUAUUUUAUUAACGCGAAGGAUAUCUCUGGAGCACCGCAUAUAGAGAAUUUCUAUGAUGAUGUGGUCAAGACACACGGAUCGGUGAAGAACUUGCCCUCUUCAUGUACUUCAAAGGGGAAACCAAGUUUGUGUUUUUUCCCACAAAACAUGGCACAACAAAUUCGAACGCCACUUUUCCUUACAAAUGCUGCGUAUGAUUCAUGGCAGAUAAAGAACAUUUUGGCUCCUGGGGUUGCUGAUCCACAUGGUACCUGGCACAAUUGCAAGCUUGAUAUAAAAAAAUGCUCCCCCAGCCAACUCCAAAUCAUGCAAGGUUUCAGAAUGGAGUUCUUAAAUGCACUGUCUGGA